GCCAGGAUCUAAAUCCAACUGACAAUAUGCAAAUAAGAAUUGAAAGUUGCUGUUCACCAGAGGUCCUCAUCCAGCUUUACAAAGCUUGACCAAUCUUGCAAAGAAUGGGCAACAACUGCAAAGUUGGUAGAGGCAAAUAGAAUCAUGGCUCUAAUUGCUGCCAAAGGUGCCUAAACCAAAUACGGACAAAAGGCAGAAAUAACAUAUGCAAUAAAAAAAAUUGUGUAUUGUGUUUUGUAUUUAUAAUUAUUUCACAACAAUUUGUAAAUUAAAACUUUACUUUUGAUAUGAUAGCCUUUUUUGCAUUGAUCAGUGGCAAACACCCUUAAUGAAAUCAAUUUGGAUUUCAUGUGGUAAAAUAGUAAAAUGUCAAAGGGGUUGAAUACUUUUGAGGCAGUGUGCUCCCAUUAUCUUAAACUAAACAGUAGUACUGAUUGGUUUACCAUGUAUUAUCGCUGACUGUACCAAACCGUCUGAAGACACAAACACACAGGCUUUCAGCCCUUCGGUCAAUGUGAAGUAAAUCAUUACACAGAGGGUACACAUUCAACUGAGUUGAGCCCUGUCCAGAUUUCGCCAGACUGCCUUAGUGCUGAUCUUGACUGGAAGUACAAAUCCCUCACACAGAGGAAAUCCACAGGAUCCUCAUACUCUGUGUACAGGUGGUCCCUGCAAAGACAGCCUAAUGGCACGUGCUCUUUCCUUGUUUCGGCCUUUGUUUUUCAUGCCCCCUGUGGGAGUGAGGCGAGCCAUAGUGUGCAGAAUGUCGCUGGACACGCGAGCACGGGAGGUGUUUGCUGCGGCUAUCGAAGCUGUCCAACCAGACACCGUUGUACAUCAGGGCCUGCAGCGUACAGGAGACACCCUCCUAGUGAAUGGGCAUAGCUUCACACUCCGAAACAACCUGCACCUAGUGGGCUUUGGCAAAGCUGUUUUAGGUAUGGCUGCUGAGGCAGAGAGGAUUGUGGGGGACCACUUGGUGCGAGGAGUGGUCAGUGUACCACAUGGGAUUCAGGAGACCCUACAGCAGCAUGGGAAAGACCAGAUGUUAUUGAAGGAAGGCAGUCGUAUCAAAGUCAUGGAGGGAGCUAAGCACAACCUGUCAGAUUCUGAGGCCCAGAGGGCAGCCGAAUGUAUAAAAGACCUGGCAAGCACACUGACAGAGAACGACCUGUUGCUUGUUCUCAUUUCAGGAGGUGGGUCUGCACUGCUGCCUGCACCAGUCCCACCCAUCUCUCUUCAAGAGAAACAGGAUGUCACACGCCGACUCGCUGCUGCUGGUGCCACCAUUCAGGAGCUCAACUCUGUACGGCGUGCCCUGUCCUUACUAAAGGGAGGGGGACUUGCUCACUGCGCUCACCCUGCUCAGGUGGUAUCUCUGGUUUUGUCCGAUGUAAUCGGCGAUCCUCUGGACUUGAUAGCCAGCGGCCCCACGGUGUGGACUGAGGUGUGUCCUGAGGAGGUAUGGUCAGUGCUGGGCCGGUAUGGGUUAUCCACAGCCUCGCUUCCUGCCUCAGUCAAAGAGGUCCUUGGACGCUCGUUUCCACGGUGGGAGCCAGUCGGAGACCAGUCGGACAGAGCAGCACGUGUCUUCAACGCCGUGAUCGGGUCCAAUAGCAUUGCCCUGGAAAGUGCAGGGCGGCGAGCACGGGAGCUCGGAUUCCGUCCGGUGGUGCUGUCACCGGGGGUACGCGGUGACGUGCGGUCAGUCUCCCGUCUCUACGGCCUCUUGGCUCAUUUCGCCUGCUCCCACAAGGAACCCCCUACAGAGUUGCCUGCUGAGAUCCUGAAGCUGGGACCUGAGACGGGUGUGGAGAGCUGGGACUUGUGCCGCGCCAUGCAGGUCCUCGGCGAAGGGCGUGCGGAGGGCUGGGGAGCCACAUGUUUGCUGGCCGGAGGAGAGCCCACGGUCCAACUGACGGGCAGGGGCUGCGGCGGUCGGAACCAAGAGCUGGCCCUGCGAGUGGGGCUGGAGCUCAGAGGCAUGGAGCUCCCUCCGAAAGGACCUGUGUUCCUGAGCGGCGGAACAGACGGUCAGGACGGUCCAACCGAGGCCGCGGGGGCAGUCACAGACGCGGGGCUUGGCGAAGAGGCGCAGACGCAGGGGCUGGACGCCAAGGGCUUCCUCGUCAACAAUGAUUCCUUUACCUUCUUUUCACGCUUGUCUGGUGGGCAGCGGCUCCUCCUACCAGGGUUAACUGGUACCAAUGUGAUGGACGUGCACAUGCUGCUCAUCCCCCCAAUUCCUGUAGUUGUGUCUGGACAUUAAAUCAGACAAUUCAGUAUGAAUCCAGCGAACACUACCAGGUAUUUCUUAUGAGUGUGGCUUUUCAGUGUUGCCCAUGCUAAUGAUUGUUUCCAAGAAGCAACUCUGGAGAUCAACACUUUCUUUAAAAAGCAUCAGUCAGUUAUGUCUACAGAAAUAAGAAUAAAUAGCACUGUCAAUGUUUUCCAUUUGUGUUACUUGUCAAAAUCGCUUUUGGUUUGCAGUUGUGGAGUUAAUUUUAGACAAUGACAAGUAACUACUCAACAAAUGUUACUACUAGGCAAAUGUGUUUAAUAUCUGGUACUCAUCAUUUACAAAACACUAACGCAACAUCUACAAUAAAUUUGCCUUCAUCA